UCUCGUCGCCUUCACUCUUUUUGCCUCCCAGAACAAAACAUGGCGGGCUGGGUUUUCGAAGGCUGCUGAAGCGGGAAAGGGUGGGGAAGCGCGGACGGAAGGAGGUCGCGCGGGCGAGGCAGGCGAGAGGAACCGCCGCAGUCUGGCAAUUGGACUGGCGGGUCCUCCUCCUCCUCCCUCGCCGCUCGGUGGGGAAGCAAUGAGGGAGGGCGGCAGGCGCUCGCCGCCGCUGCCACGUCUCGCCGCUCCCUUCACUCUUUGGACCAGAGCGGGGCCGCUUGGACCAAGGCGCUGAAAAAAACACCCCGCCACGGCCGCCUCCGCUCCGCUCCGCUCAGGGCAGGGAGCGCUUAGCCAGGCCCUCUUCAGACUGCGGAGGAGAAUGAGAGAGAGAGAGGCGCUGCGGGCAUCUCCGCGACGCUCGUCCUGAGGCGGUUGGGACGGAGCGGCGUCGCUCCGCUCGGGCGCUUUUGGCGGGACGGGGAAGAAGCGGCACGCGCUAGAUUGGAGUUCCCUUUUUUUUUUUUUUUUUUGCGAGAGGGAGGGGGGAGACGGAUAAGAUAAGGGAGGGGGCGUUAAAGCCCCGCUCCAGUGGCCGCCGCCUCCGGGCGAGAGCGGAGGGUUGCCUGAGGUAACCGCGGGCGAAGGAGGCGGAGGCGAGCCGGGCAGAGCUGAGCCGGAGCGAGGAGAGGAUGGCAGGCAGCCCCAGAGGCGGCUGACAGGAAGGGAGAAAAGAGAGAGAGAGAGAGACCGAGUGGGAAAGAAACCAGGAGUGGAGGGAGCCAUGGCGCUGCCCAACCCGCCGCCUGCCGCUGCUUCGGAUCUCCUGCCUGCGGUCGACGACAAACGCCUCGUGCUGGGUGGCGACGUAAAAUUGGAAAGCGUGGAUCCCCCGCCGGCGGAGGCGAUGGGAUCCCAGCCGCCGGAAGAAGGGGUGGCAGCUGCGGAGGAGGAGGAGGAGGAGAAAAAAGAAGGGAAACUCGGAGAAGUGGGAGAAGGCGAGGAGCUGGUUCCUCACCUGCCUGAACCGAGGUCGGCUUCUGGGGGAAUGGAGAGAGGACACAAAAAUGAUAUUUCUCCUUUCAGCAGUUUCAUUUCAACUAUCAGCCAAAAGAAAGAAGAUUCUGUAAAUGAAAAUUCACCUGAACAAUUAGUUAUUACUGAUAUAAAAAAUGCAAAAGAACAGUCCCUUGGCCUUGGUGUUAGGCAAAAGAAGCGCACCUCAGUGGAUAUACUUCCAGUAGAAAUGAAAGUUUCAAUCCCACUGGAACCUUCCUAUCUCACCCAAACAAAAACUAUGAAGGAGUUUUGCUCACCUCAAGAUAUUCAGAAGUGUGUCCUAAAAGGAAUAAUUAACGGUUUAUUGCAUGAAUGGAAAGGGCCACAAACAAAAGAUGAUCUCAGAGCAUAUUUUGUUCUUCUACAGAAUCCUCUGUUUAGUAACACAACAACAUAUGUUAUUUUUGCUCACUUGCUAAGACAGAUUGCUGCCUUACCCGAAGAUGAUCAUCACUAUCUAAUUCACUGGUUUAAGAAGAUGUCACAGAAGCGAAUCAAGCAAAUUAUAGAUAGAAUCAUGCAGUUUAUUUCUUUGCGUCUGUUUCCGGCAAAACCUGAAGAUUUGCCUCCUAUGGAGAAGUGUACCUGGUGGAUUCCAUCAGCAACCAAAGUUUUGUCUUUAUUUAAUGCUUCAAAUAAUCUAGCUAAUCCUUCUCUUAUUCCAUAUACGGAUUUUUAUAAUUCUACGCUAGAUCAUAUUGAUCUCAUGGAAGAUUAUCAUAACUGGCAGUGUUAUGGAAAUUCUCAUAGGUUUUCCUUCUGUCAAUAUCCAUUCAUUAUUUCUAUAGCAGCAAAAAAAGUUAUAAUUCAAAAGGAUUCAGAACAACAAAUGAUAAAUAUUGCACGGCAAAGCCUUGUCGAUAAAGUCUCUCGGAGGCAGAGACCUGACAUGAAUAUGCUAUUCUUAAAUGUGAAAGUGAGAAGAAUGCACCUAGUUAGUGAUUCAUUGGAUGAGCUCACAAGGAAGCAAGCGGAUUUAAAAAAGAAAUUAAAAGUUACAUUUGUAGGAGAAGCUGGUCUUGACAUGGGUGGCCUAACAAAAGAAUGGUUUCUUCUUCUAAUUAGGCAAAUUUUUCAGCCAGAUUAUGGAAUGUUUACAUACCACAAAGAUUCUCACUGCCAUUGGUUUAGUAGUUUGAACUGUGAUAAUUACUCUGAAUUCCGAUUGGUUGGAGCUCUUAUGGGACUAGCUGUCUACAAUAGUAUCACACUGGAUAUUCAAUUUCCACUGUGCUGCUACAAAAAAUUACUUAGUCCUCCCAUUGUACCAUGUGACCUGAAUACACCUGUAGGAAUUGGUAAUCUUACUAUUGAUGACUUGUGUCGGGUUAUGCCGGAGUUAGCUCAUGGAUUAAAUGAGCUGCUAUCCUACGACGGGAAUGUUGAAGAAGACUUUUAUUCAACCUUCCAGGUUUUUCAAGAGGAAUUUGGUGUCAUAAAAUGUUACGACUUAAAGCCUGGCGGUGAUAAAAUACCAGUUACCAAUGAAAAUAGAAUAGAGUAUGUGCAGCUUUAUGUAGACUUUCUUCUCAAUAAAUCAAUCUACAAACAGUUUGCUGCAUUUUAUUAUGGAUUUCACAGUGUCUGUGCUUCCUAUGCAUUGAUGCUGCUUCAUCCUGAAGAAGUUGAAAUCCUGGUAUGUGGAAGCCCUGAAUUGGAUAUGCAUGCUCUCCAGAAACACACACAGUAUGAUGGCUAUCAGAAAACUGAUCUUACUAUCCGGAAUUUCUGGGAAGUAGUACUCGAAUUUCCUCUUGAACUUCAAAAAAAGCUCCUACAUUUUGCUACAGGAAGUGACAGAGUACCCGUAGGAGGAAUGGGAGACCUUAGUUUUAAAAUUUCAAAGAGUGAAACAUCCACAAACUGGUUACCUAUUGCCCAUACUUGCUUCAACCAGCUCUGCCUGCCUCCAUACAAGACAAAAAAGGAACUGAAGCAAAAGUUAACAAUUGGGAUUUCAAAUGCAGAAGGCUUUGGUUUAGAAUAAGACAACUUUUAAAAAGCAUAGCGGAUGUAGCACCUGCUUUCUACUGUGCCUUUAAAGCUUCUUAUGUUUCAAUCUCUCAAUACUGUGACAGUCUUACUUAGAACUGCGUGAACUGCUGUUGUUUUUUAAGGAGUGCAUUCUUUUUUCUGUAUAGAAAUAUGUUUAGUCUUUCUUAUAGAAAUUUUGUAUAAAAGUCUUAAUCUUUGCAAUAUUUGAUAGAACCCUGUCAGAACUAUCAAAUAUAUGAUGCUAUACAGUCAUCUAAUCUAAGAGAGACAACCAUCAAGAAUUAACCUUUAUCACCUCAAAUUGUUUGCACUACAGGGAUGAGGUUCAGAGUAAAUUAUUAUGGCUCACAAUUGAUAUAGCUCAUAUGCUCUAUAUUCCACUAGGAAGUACAAUAUAGAAAUUGUAUUUUUCAUGAUCAGUUAAGCCUAUUUUCAAUUAAUAACAAAUUGUAACUCUUAUUUAUGUGAGACAAAUUGAAACAAAUAAUGUUUUAAAGAUAUAUUAAAUAUUAUUUUGGUUUUCCUUUUCAGAAUAAAUUAUUAAUUUAAGAUCAUGUAAAUAAUUGCCCACGGGCCAAUAUGUUUUUGAUAAUACCAUUUACAGAUAAAGAUUUAUUUUUACAGGGUUUCCAGUGUUAAAUAUUCAAGAUUUUUACAACUGAACAGAAUUGAUUGUAUAAGAAUACAAAGGCUGCUAUCUUACCAUCUUAAAUUUAUCUAGAUUUAAUGGACCAACUGUAAGUUUUAAAUUGCAUGUAUAUGAUACCAGAUUGAUAGAUUUGGCUAUUAUGUGUUUGUAACUCCAAUUUAAACAGGAUUGAAUGUUUAAUAAUAACAAAUUUGGAUUUGUUACUUGAUUAAAAACAAAUCACUUUGGCACAACGAAAAAGUAGUUUUUAUAUUUUUAAGUUAUGCAUCUUCACAUUAUUGUUUUUUAUACACCAUAUAACACCAUAUUGUCUUUUAUAAAAGAU